CAUGACGAAAAUAUUGUGCACAGCAUUGAACCCAGCAGACUCGAGGCGCCAAUUUGGCAACGUAGGAAGUGACGCAGGAAUAUGAGUGGGUAGGUCCUAGGUAGAUGUUUCCUCAACUUCCUCAAGUCUUCGUUGGACCCUGUCUCAAUGGAUGAACGAUGAUCCGCAUUGUUCUUCUCGCCGGGGCUGCGGCCGCCAGCGUGGGCGUGAAAAAGCUGCAAGAAAGAAAGAAGCAGGAAAGAGCGAGCUUGAAUGAUGCGUCUGGGGCGGCAUUGGCGGUUGAUACUGACGAAGUCUCCCAGCCAACAAUUGGGAGUCCGGAAAGUGGGGUGAAGGACUUUGCAGAAUCCACUGCAAACAAGAAUGUGGAUGAGAGAAGCAGUCAGCAACAUGGAGAAGCAGCUGGUUCGGUGGCAAGUAUACCUCAACCAGAAAGCCCGAAAGCCCGCAUCUCUAAAUCAACUGUUGUACCAGGAAAAAGCUCGCCGGUUGCAAUUUCCUCCGGGCAAACCGGCGAAAGAUCCAACCUUGCGAAGGGUUCCGAUAGCACCCCCUCAGUAAGUAGGAGCCGUGUCAGCCGGCUACGAUUGGAGAUCGAGGGCGCCUCGCAAGGUGACGCUUUCUCGUUUCCUUCCCCUACAAAGGGGGAUAGUCCUGGCACCAUCAAAGCCCCCCCUACUCCGAUCCAAAACGGGCCAACUGUGCAGGUAGCAGACAGUGAUGCCGCGCACGCUUUCUCGCCACCUGGCGAGAUUCCAGUCGUCACCAUCCCGUCAUCUGUCACAGCCGCAGUCGGUACAUAUUCGCCACCGACAAAAGAUGCGGCCACACCCUUUGUGCCACCCACUACGGUUGUGCCACCCACUACGGUUGACACCAAUCCUUCUUCCCUCGGGCGCGUCAACAGCUCAAGCAGCAUCCGGGCCCCUCCCACCCCGUCCAAAGAGCUCCACUCGUCCCCGACCGAAGCGAAACCGCCGCUCGUGAUCAGCAGCGGCGUCAGGGCCGUUCCCACCAUCCCGCCGCGCAGCCGCUCGAGGGGCCCGAGGGUCAGUGUGAAUGCGGGGCUGCUCGAUAUCCUGCCUGGAGAUGACACUCGAGAAAGCCGCAUACGGGCCGUUCCCACGAAGCGGCCCUCCGUCGAGCCUCCCCCUGUGAGGAGCUCGUUCUCUGAAGGAGUCUUUGGAGCGCUUGCGAGAAGCGUUCCAAAGAUUGGACUGCCAUUCACAAGCAAGAGUGGUCCCUCGAGCCCUGUUGGAAGCAUAAAAGCCCCCCCCACUCCAUUGGGCUUACCAAAAGCCUUGAACCCUGACUCGAGGGGAGCGAGUCCAGCCUCGUCCGUGAUCAGACCCGUUCCGACACCUGGGGGAGCGGUGAAAGAGGAGAAGACAUGGGAACCGGGGAGCUUGGACGGCGACUCGGAGAGCGUAACUAGCGCGGGGACGAACUUGGACGCGGCGUCGGUGGUGGUGAGCCCAAUCGAGACGGAGAGCCAGCGGCGCGUGGCGCGCGAGCGGUUAAGCUUGAAAGACAGGUGGGAGCUUGACGCAAAAGCAGCAGAGCUGGGGGCAACGGAGAACGGCCCAGCCGCAAACGCUCGUGCCGUCACCGUCGACGGCACUGGUGCAGAUCCGUCGGAGGGCAGGCGGCCCCCGACGGAAGCAGGCCGGGACGGAACAGAACGGAACGAGAGCGGAACGGUACAACCACUGAACGGAACGGGCCAGAACGGGAUUGGCAUCGCGGCCCCAUCUCAGGGGGCGAGGAAGGAGCAGAUCGAGUUGAUACAGGGGCGCGAAAAAGCGCUCAAAGAGUUGGAAAUGGACGAAGAACGGCGGAGGGAGAGACUGAGGAUUUUGGAGGAGCGAGAGGCAGUGUUGAGGGGGCGAUUGGAGGAACUAGAGCGGGCUCACGAGGAGCGGCGGGCUGCUGACGUGGCGGGGGUUUCGAAAGGGAUGGGUGAAAGUGGGUCGAAAAGCGGGGGAGAGCUGCCGGUGGGGGCGGCGGACCGGUUCGACCAGGCCAACUUUGACCGUUGGUGCCAGCUCCGGGCGGGCCCCUCAGGCGCCACCACCCACUGGUACUCCUCGGGGGAAGUCUACUCCUAUCCGGGGGGGCAGCUUCUCGCGCGCCUCGAGGGCUUCGAGGCGGUGCGCGCGCGCAGGGAAAGCGCGCGCCUAGUUCACGAGCUGUCGCGGCGACUGCUCUUGUUUGUGGAUAAGGAGAAAGGGACGCCGUUGGAAGACACCGGGGGGGGCAGGCUGGGCGAGGUUCGGAUACCCUACCAGCACUGUACGUACAACUUGGACGGGUCGGUGGUCCGAACUGAGGUCACGGUUAGGUCGGGCGCGAGCGCCGUGCGGCUGGGCGGCAGCGCAGGCGGCGUGCGCGUCAUGCAGGGCGCGGACGGGGUCGUCUUUACGCGUCCGACGUUCCUCAGCAUUCCGUCCGAAAAUGGCGACUUUCUCGCCUACGAAAACCACGACUACUUCACGACAACCCGGGGCCCCGACACCCCGCCUACCGACCACUUUUCCAUGGUGCGGCUGGGCCCGGUUCCCGGAUUUCCCGGGCAGUGUUUCGUCCACGUGGUCGGGUGGAAGCCAACCGACCUGACGUCACUGCCAGCUGUCCUGCGGGUCGAGCUAGACAAGGAGCCGCUCUGGAAGGAGGCGCCCGAGAAGGUUUACGACUAACCCUCCUUCUAAACCUGAUGCGUCUACGUGGUUGGGUUGAAGCUAACCCCACCUGACGGCACUGCCAGCUGUCUUGCGGGUCGAGCUAGACAAGGAACCGCUCUGGAAGGAGGCGCCGGAGAAGAUUCACGACUAACCCUACGACUAACCCUGGGUUUGAUGUGGAACGUGGGUCAUGAGUAUACUUACUGCACCGCAUUCGGUGAGGGAUUUGUUGGGCUUUAAUAAGCCGAUUGAUCUGGGCUCCAAGCUGGAGGAUCCUGCCAUAGAAUUUGGCGGCAAGUUAUACUUUAUGGACAUUCCUAGUUGCUAAGCUGUCGUUAGAUGUAUCUCAGUCGUGUUUGGAGCAUUUAAAAAAUAAGGCAAGUGUACAGCUCGUGCACAAAUUUGGAGAAAGAAUGGGAAAAAAGAAGGAGUAUGACUUGUCGUUUCCAUGCAAAGAUGGGCAAUUGCCCGUCUGUUCUUGUUGUGCUGCCUUUCAAUGAUAAAUCGAC